GAUGUGGGCUUAAUGCCAGAGAACCCAGGGAGAAAGCCAGACAGGGUGCAGAUUUGACUUGCCCUAUGAAGCGGGGUCUACCCAGAGCUCUUUCUGGGAUGGACACAAAGGAGCCUCUGAUUAGAAAAUGGGGGAGAUGUCUGAACUGAGCAGAACAAAGGGGAGACUCUCACCUUUCUGCAAAGGCAAAUUGCAGGAGCCGGAUGGAGGAAACUGCUAGGAGACGGCAGAGAAAGGGAGGUGAUUUUUCACUGGGGAAAGAUGCAGGUGGGAGCAGGGUGGAGGUGAUAGAUGAGCAGGCUUGGGCAGAUAGAGAAUAUGGACAUUGCUCAUGAAAAGAAGAGCAGGGACAUGACAGGGAGGCAGUGAUGAGGAAAGGGGAAUGCUUGUCUGUAGGGAGAUGACUGAAAUGGUACUCAGUGGGGAUGCCUCAGGUCUGUGAGGUUUAGCUCUGCCGUGAGGCAGAGUAGCAACAGGAAGCCUCACCACCUCAGAAGGGAGUGGGGUUCGAUGGGUAGCCUGUACCAUAGCCUUCUCUCUCUCUCUCUGAAUUGGCCUGAUCAUGUUAGACCUAAGAAAGCACCAGGCCGCCCCCUGCUCAUUGGGAAGUUUGCCAUGGCCCAGGUCCCUGCUGUCAGCAGCUGUCUGGGGCAAGAAUUCUCUGAUUCCUGAUCCCAGAGAAGCUCUCCUCUGACUGCAGCAGAGCUCAUUAAAGGCAGGCCGAUUGGAUGCUUGAUUUCCAGUUAAGUCAGGGCUGAGGAGGGGGUGGGGCAUGAGGAAAAAAAUACUUCUUUCUGAAGUCCCCCUUCCCCUGUCCCCCCGCCCCCCCUCCACUCACACUCCACCCCUCAAAGUCUCCUGGCGCUGGGAUGCACUUCCUUUUCAUUUAACUGAAGCCCAAGGAUUUGAGAAUCAGAGCUCCUUGACCAGCAGCCUCUCUGACCAUCUGGUUGGCAAAGACCCACAGGCCAUGAGGACAGGUCAAAGGCAGAACAAAGGGAUGAGGACUCGUCUGGGAUGCCUAUCUCACAAAUCAGAUUCAUGUAGUGAUUUCACAGCUAUUCUUCCUGACAAGCCGAACAGAGCUCUCAAGAGGCUGUCCACAGAAGAAGCUACGAGGUGGGCAGAUUCGUUUGAUGUGCUCCUCUCCCAUAAGUAUGGAGUGGCAGCAUUCCGUGCUUUUCUGAAGACUGAGUUCAGUGAGGAAAACUUGGAAUUCUGGCUAGCCUGUGAGGAGUUCAAGAAGACUCGGUCAACCACUAAGCUGGUUUCCAAGGCCCAUAGGAUCUUUGAGGAAUUUGUAGACGUGCAGGCCCCUCGAGAGGUGAACAUAGACUUCCAAACUCGAGAAGAAACGAGGAAGAACAUGCAAGAGCCUUCCUUAACCUGCUUUGACCAAGCCCAGGGGAAAGUGCACAGCCUCAUGGAGAAAGACUCUUACCCCCGGUUCCUGAGGUCCAAAAUGUACUUAGAUCUGCUGACUCAAAGUCAAAGGAGGCUCAGUUAGAGCCGAGAUGGGGACCCAUGGAAAUCACAGGCUUUCCCCUUCCCCCAGCUGCCAAGACCAUAUUCCAGUGUGAACCGUCAUCAGUGUUUAACCGCAGUGGAGUUUGGGGUGGGAGGCUGGGGUGUGAGAAAGAGACGGAAGUGAGAAAGAGACACUUCCACUGGGGGACCCAGCUGCCGGCUCGAGGACUUUUAUUCCAUUUGCCUGGUUGUGUUUGUGUGUUGGCUAGUGGUAGCACCUCACCACUGUCACCCUUCUCUGGGGCAGCAAAGGGCCCUUCAUAACUCCUUGGGUCAUUUCUGCUGAGAAGGUAGGUUUGCUCUGCUGGGCUAAUCUGUAAAUAACGCAAAAGCAAUUCACACCCUGGUCCCCUUUCCCGGCCACCGCAUUUUAUCCUCUGACUCCCUGACAGUCCUCCAUCUUUGAGAGGAAGGAAGGGAGGAAUAACCAUGGGUCUCUCUGCUUUGACUUGGCAUUUAGAAACUUUGCUAGUCCUGGGUAUCUGGGUCUCAUUGCACAAGAAGGGAGAUUCCCAAGAAUCCCUGGUUAAGCAGAUCUGCCAGUCACCAGAGAUGGAAGGGAACAAACAUUUAUCAAGCACCUACUAUGUGCCAGGCGCUUUCUAAUUUGCUAUCUCAUUUGAUAAUAUCUCAUUUUAUAUCUAUCUAUCUCUAUAUAGCGCUUGAUUUCAAAAGGGACCCAAUUAGUAUUCCUUUCAUUUCCAUUGGCCACCAUUCAGUGGGGAAAGAGUGAGGGUGGGGUGGGGAGGUGGGGCCAUUGAGACAAGCUGUAGUCAUUGCCCAUCCUAAAUUAGGAGGCUCAUAGACUCUCUCUGUAGCAUUCUGGUGAAGGUAUAUAAGGGGAGAUAGAGUUCUGGGCUAUGGUCAGACUCAUUUUCUGCCUUAGAAGCAGAGGGUUUUCUCUUUGAGUCUGUUUUCUAAAUGGGAUCUCCUGGUAGAGGUGGGUGGUCAUCAUUGGUGUAUUGCCUGAGAAGACAGGGAGGAGGAUGUAGCUGAGAAGCCCAAUCUUCAAGUCUGUCCAACAUUGUCCAGAGGCGGAGUGACUGACAGAAGUAACAAUAGACUUUUGGGUAGUGGACAACUUUCUAACCUGCCGCCCCAUUCCCCUGUGACAUCAGAUGUCCCUGCACUGGCCUCCCAGAAUAGUUCAGCUUGCUAAGAGGAAAAUUAAUCCACAGCACUCAGCCAGCUCUCAGCAUGCCUACCACAGAUCCUGUUGUCCUCCUAGUUGAGCCUCGAAGGGAGGACAUACAAUUAUGAUGGGAGGGAGAAUUAGGCAUCAAAGUCAGAGAUCUUGGGAGAUCAUAUUUUCCUCAAAAGAUCUCUCUAAAAUAAUACCAUCCUAAAGAACCACCAGCUUCACCUUUUGGUGAUGGUCAUGGUAUCAAAGAUGGAAUGCAGGGUUGUAAAGAUAAUGGGGAAUUGCUGGUUUGAGAGACCAAUGGAGCUGUGCCAGAAAGGUUUAUCCACUAAUGAUUAUUUUUGAAAGUGUGCCAAGGAAGUUCUUUCUGGGAGGAAGCAGCAUCCAGUCUCAACUACCUAGAGUCAAGCUGAUUUGGAUACAAGUUUGUGGUCCCAAGGAGAGAAGCUUGAUUUAAUUGAGGCAGGACAGGGUACAUAUCAGGUGAUUAGCCUUGGGUAGGGUCCCAGUGUAGAUUAUUCACUAAUGACGGUAAGGAGUUAUUGGAAUAAUCUUAUCCCUGUCCCAGGAGUCUAAAAACCUGAGUUCUAGUCCAUUUCUGCCACAAAUUUGUGUGUGACUCUGGACAAGUCACCAUACUUUCUCUGGAUAUUGGUUUCCUAAUCUAUAAAAUGAGGAAAGUGGAGGGAGGGUUUAGAGUCUUAUUAAAGACCUUCCCAGCUUCUAGGAAUUUGAUCUUUUAUGAUGCCCUCUAGCCUCCACGGUCCUAGGCAUUUGAAAGAUGGCAUUGGGAUUGCUCUAAGAAAGAAUAUUAUGCAGGGGAAUUGAGUUUGGCACCUGAGCUCCGAGGGCUGGUGAUGCUCAGGAACCAAGCACAAGCACCAACCCCCUUUGAUGAGGGGGGUAAUGGCACCUUCACCAUUUAAGUGUAUUGUCAAGUAGUGUCCACAUUUCAUGCUGUCCUGUGUGUAACCCCCCCCCCCCGCCUGUCCUCCAUUUGCCUGUGGGUGGGGGCAGUCUCUGCUUAUCCUCAUUCUGAUUUUUUACCUAGUCUCUGAUUGUCGUCAAGGGUCCUUGCACUGCCAAGGGUAUGUGUUUCUCUGUGUGUGUUGUUGUCAGUGUGUCUGUAUGCAGUAGCAUCAUAGUGGAGUGGGGGGCAGGUUCUCCCCAUCUCUUUGGGGCUGUAACUGGGGAGAUACCAGGAAUUCCAUUCCCAAGAGCUCUGGAGUCUGGAAAUGGAGGUUUCUUAGUAGAACAGGCAGUUUCUCCCCUUCCCCGCCCCCAACCCCAUGCCAACCCUCCCUCCUUCUUGAACCUACAGGAAACCAGUUUCAGCUGAAGCUGCCAGAAUGAAUUUAAUGAGGUUGCUCUCUCUAACACAGGGUAAAAACUUUAAACCACUGUUUACAUAGGAAAUUUGCAUCGAUGGCCAGCUUUCCUGCCAAAUUUCAGGCACAUCCAAAUGGAAACCACACAGAUUUCUCAAGACUCCUGGAAAAUUUAAAGGGCCUGGUGACCACCUACCUGGGUGGUAAUGGGGCAAGGGUGGGAAGGGAGGGAGGACUCUAAAAAGAGCCUGGGCUGUGUCUUCGGUUCAGAAUUCUAGUUUCUUCCGAUUAUUGGGAUGAGGUCUGCAGGUGUGGGUGGUGCCUUGGCAAGCUGGCCAUUUCGCCCCCCCCCCCCACCACACCAGAAGGAGGUGUGAAGGACCAAGCCUUGGGAUUUUAAGGCUUGCAGCUAAGGGAGGGUGUAUGUGAGUGGGUGUGUCCCUUCGUGUACAGUAGGUAUAUUUAGAGUGCUUGGGUAUCAUAUGUGUGACAGCUGAGAGCAUCACUUUAUAGGGGUGAGGCCCUAUCUCUAUAGGGCAGACCCUUUAUAUCCUGAUUCUCCCCAGAGGUUCAGAAUUGUCUUUCUUGCUGCCCACUCUGGGCACUUUGAUUAAGCCAAACCCCGAUCAUUAUUAUUAUUAUUAUUAUUGUCUGUAAUGAAAAAAGAGAAAUGUUUACAGCAUCAAAAGCAAUAUCCAAACAUACCUCACUCCUUCUCCCUUGUUUCUCUCCCCGACCACUCUCCUGUCCCUCUCCGCUUUCCUCCUUUCUCCUCCUCUCCCCCAAGUAGCCUCACUUGUCCCUCUGAUGACCUGAGGAACAGUUUCUUCCAUGUAACUUCUUCCUUCCCUUGCAGCGCUGCUGGGGCUUCUGCUAUUGUCUGCCUUCUAGGCAUGGUGCUUGCUUUGGUCCAGAAAUAUGCACAGAGGAUGGAAUAAAAGCCAGAGCAGGGUGGGUAGCACCGAGAUUCCCCAACCACCUUCUUCCUUUGGCCUUUGGGGCUGCCUUGAAGUUUGCUGCUGCUCUGAGCAAACUAAAAAUAAGAACAAAUGCAAACCAUGGCCCAGCUGAUUGGAAACUUCUAUCUCUCUGUUAUGGCAUGGAUGCCAUAACCCUUCUUCAUUGGCACUGGUGGAGUAAGGAGUGAGGGGGCGCGUGCAGAACUGGGCUGCUGAAAAGAAGGCUAGAGAUUGGUGAGGAUCAAUCUGUAGGAGAGUCCAAAGAAUGCAUGAGAGUAGGCAGGAUUCUGUACUCCAACCUUGAAUUCUAUCCAAUCUAACAAGCAUUUAUGAAAGCACUGACCACGUGCCGGGUGCUGUACGAGGUGUGAGGGAAAUAGAACAGAGGCGAAAAUACAUUUUGCUCUGAUUACUCUACUGGACUGUCCUAAACUUUACAAUCCUGAGUAGUUGCCUAUAAAUCCUCACCAUCCCACCUUGCUCCUUCAGGCAAGUUUACUUCCCAAUGGUCCAUGCUUCAUACACUGCCUUGAUUGGUGAAUCCAGGCAAUGGCAAAUAGAGGGGUGCAAGGAAAAUCCUUUCUGAACUGAUUUUUUGCAAAGCCUUCCUGGACCUUUUAUCACAGUGCUUCCUCCUGAUUCAUCUGCCCCAUGGACACUAUCUUAUUUUAGCUGCCCAGACAAAAGGCCUGGGUCUUUCUUUUGUUCCAGCCUUUGGGUUUGGGUUGUGCCUAUGACCUCAAGACCUUAUCAUAAGGUUGGGUGAGAACUCAAGUAAAUGAGUGAGGCAUGUUUUGACAGUGGUUCUAGUGAGAAGAAUCUCACCAUUCUCCCUAGGGAUGUCACAUGCUGUGGCUCUCAUGGUCUUCUAGCUACCUUUGGGGCAACCUCUUGAUGGCUUUGCCUAUUCUGUCAGCUGCAAGCCACUUUCCACUCAAGUUUCUCUAUUUUUAAAUCAUGCUGAAGUGAGGCAAUCGACCUUUGAGUUUGUCCACUGGAGAGGCAGUCAUCCAAUUCCCAGCUAACUUUACUCUCUGGUGCUCUCCACAGAAUUUGCUGCUCCAGAUUAAACCAAAGCAGUGAAACUGAUGCCUUCCCAGGCUGUAGAAGGCCCAGCAUUUGGGGGUUAGCAUGUAGUCCUUAAGUGGGGCUUCUUGCUUUACCUGGACUGUGUCCUAUAAUUCUCUAGACUGGAAGCUGGAGUACUAGGACCCCAAAGCUAUGGAAAUUAGGUUGUGUUGAGGGGGAGCAGGAUGAGUUUAAUUUUCCUAGGAGUUGAGAGAGGUGAAGAUGUGGGUGGAAAGAGGAGAGAAGGAGAGAGGUGAAAUGAAAGGAGCAGAGGAAAGGAUACCAUUUGUCUUCCUUCUCUCCUUCCUUUUUUCUUCCUUCCUUUCUUCCUUCCUCCCUCUCUCCCUUCCUUCUUUCCCUUUCUCCCUUCUUCCCUUCUUCUUUUCUUUAUUUCUUUCUCUCUCCCCCCUUCCCUUUUGUUGCUUCCCCUUCCCUUCUCUUUCCCCCUCCUUCUCUUCUUCCUCUCUCUUUCUCUCCCUCCUCCUCUCUCCCUCUCCUUCUGAAAUGGAGCUAGCUUUAAUAGGCAAUGAGAAGGGGGGAAAAUGAGCAGGGUAUGGGAAAGACUGAACCUUGUGUCCCAGAACCCUUUUAUUCCCAUCUGUGAGCACUUUCAAGCAGAGCUAGAAAAAGAUUCUGGGUUAUCCAUUCUAUGAGGUGUUUAAAUCUGCCAAGUGUUAUCCCUCCUUGAAUCUGUGGCUCUCAACAGUAUUAGAAAGCAGAGAUGGCAGGCUCAGGCUCAUCAUUGGCAUUAAUACGGUGUCCAAAUAAGGUGGAAUCCAAAUGUGGAAAUCUCUGUCUUCCUACUCUUGUGACUUUUGAGGACUCCUCAUGAUGGUGUGUAGUAGGUGAAGAAGGGAGAUAUGGGGGAAUUCUAGUUUAGAGAUAAGCUGUUUUCUUAUUGGACCCUUGACCUAAACAAGUUGGAGGGGUCUGCAUUUUUUCCACAGGCUAUUCCCAUCUUGCUUCUGAUUCCCUCUUUGCUCCUUGGGGUCCUUUUCCUUCUUCCAGGUGCAGAGAAGGUGGUUGGGUUUGGAGUGUACACCAGCCCCUUUGGCACUUCAUGCCCUUGGAACAUACUUCAUGUACCUAACAGAUCUAUGGCAGCUCAUCUGCCACAUAAGUUGCUUGGCGGAGUCCUCACCGACUUGUUUCAUUACUGUGUAAAGUGGAAUACUGUCAUUCACCUUUACUAUAAACAAUGCUGUGAGAAUAUAAUAAACUCCAAUUGAACAA